AAGCAUUGCAGCCAAGUGUAGCAAAACCUUAUGUAUCAACUGAGAAAGACCUUGACUUACACCAAUUGCUUGAAGAAGAGAUUGAUGGACCUUGUUGGAUUAAGGUGUUAGAACGGUCUAAUACCAACAUAAGGUUCAAAGGUCAUCUUAGAAACUCUAAGAACGGUCACUUGAUGUACAGAACCAUAAAUGUACACGAGGAUAUUACACCCGAAGUCCUCAAGGAUUUCUAUUGGGAUGAUGCGUUCAGUUACCCGAUCCAAAGCUGGGAUUUUUUUCAAUCAACACAAAUAAGCUUUGGAAAUUCUUAACGAUAUUGGACUCCUA